UACCUUUUAUAAUGUAAGUUGAGUAAGUUAUCACGUUUAUCUGCUGUGAACUGAUAACAUCGUGAGAUAAUUUGAAAAUAGUGAGGUUAGGUUGUUGGUGGGUUAAACAGAUGGUUCAACUUUCUGCAUACUAAAAACGCUCAUUAAUGUAUUUCAUCUCAAAUGGACAACAUAACGCAACAGGCAGACGAAAUCGAAGCUUUAAUAGCUAUCUACGGCAACGAUUGGCAAAUAGAAGAUGAAAGCAAUGGAAUGUAUAGUGUUCAAAUAAGUGAAGGAAAUGCUAGUGUUAAGUUGUACUUAAAAUUGCCCAGAGACUAUCCUUCAACUUCGCCACCAAUAUAUGAAAUAUCAGCUCCUUAUCUCAGUCAUGCUGAAAAGGUUCGUCUUGGAAACCUUCUGGAUGAUGUCUACCUAUCCUUUGUGGGGCGGAAUGUACUUUUUGAAUGGAUAGAAAAGAUAAGAAGUGAAUUGCAAUCAUAUUCAACAAAAUUUGUCAACGAUAAGUCCAAAUUACAAGAAGACGUUCAAAUCCCAACUGCAGAAACUAUAAAUUCAAAGUUCAGUUCAGACGAUGUUGCUGAUCUUCCACAAAUUUUUCAUGGAGAAGUAAUAAUUGAUAGAAAAAGUUCAUUUCAAGGACAUGCAGCUGUGAUUAAGUCCAAAGAAGAAAUCAAGGUUGUAUUAAAUAAAUUGCUUGAAAACAGAAAGGUUCAACAUGCAACACAUAACAUCUAUGCAUAUCGAAUAUACCAAGAAAAUACAAAGAGUUUUAUUCAAGAUUGUGAAGAUGAUGGAGAAUCACAAGCAGGAACUAGAUUAUUGCAUCUUUUGCAGAUAAUUGACAUAAGAAAUGUUAUUGUUAUUGUAUCUCGAUGGUAUGGUGGAAUACACCUGGGUCCUGAUCGUUUUCGUCACAUCAACAAUGCUGCACGACAGGUUUUAACAUCUGCAAAGUUAUUGCCAGAAAAUAAAAACAAACACUAACAAAACAUACAUUUACGAUACAUUUGCUUUAAAUUGUCUUGUUUGUCAAUGAGUAAAUACUACUAACUGAUAUGGGAUAUAUAUAUAUAUAUAUAUAUAUUGAAAUAUAAAACGAAUAACAUCAAUACUGGAUCACGGUCAGUAAUUUAUAAUUUAAAUAUAAGUAAAAUUUACACCUAAUUGAAAGCAUACAUUUCUUAUUCAAAAAACAUUUCGAAAAAUUAGUCCUUUCCUUAAAAGCAUUCAGCAAACUAAUGGUUUAUUUAAGUGACUCCUGGACUAUUUUAAAAGUAUGAUAAGGAGCAAAAAUUCACACUGGAUAUAUCUCCACCUGUCCUUUAUUUACAGUUGAAGCAAAUUGAAAUAACACUAUUAUUUCCAUUGCUUACUAAUGCAUCGUGGUAAUGCUCAGCAUUUUUCUGUCAGUGAUUAGUGAGUUUGAAUACAAUGCAACAUAUUCUUUGAAUCGUUAUAAUGUACAAAUCAAACGUAAAGGUCUUAUUAAAUAUUUUGUUCUUAAUAAAACAUGCAUUACAAAUGUAAUUUGGUCACUUAUUUUAAACUUAAUUUUUUAAAGUAAUUCUCUUGUGAAGCUUAAUUGAUAAAUACAUUUGACUUAAUUACACUAUAAACAUAAUCAAAUUCCAGAAAUAUGCACCUAGAUAAUCUUGGUAAUAAAUAUAUGAAAAAGACGGUUAUCACAUUUAUAAUUACAUAUGUAAGUUGAAUCAGAUUAGUCACGUUUAAAAAAAAAUUUGUAUCAUCGGAUGAACCGGUCACCACAAAUUCAAGAUAUUCCUGUAACAAUCCCCACUUAUUUAUGGGCUGGCAUAAAUAUAAUAAUUCAUUAACAAAAAGAAAAUAGAAUCGUUGCAAGUGUUUCUAAAACUAAAUUUACUCUUAGUAUAAUCGCGUUAAAAUUAUAUUGCACUGAUUUUUAAACGGUUUGGACAAUGCGAUUAUAGCAGAACCCAGCCCUCUUCGAUAAUGGUACCUGAUGUCACGAAUCCCUGUGAAAGAACUGAAAAUCGGAAAAGAUUUUAAAAACCAUUAGAGCAGUACUUUUAUGGAAUUUUGAAUGUUUUUUGAUCUUUUGAAAGUUUAUCGCAAUUAGAACUAUCAUUUAUCUUCCAAAUUAUACUUUCCAAAUCAUUCAAUUGCAACAAUUAUUAAUGGGUCGGGUGCACGAUUAAUUUAUAUUUAUAGUACAAUGUGUUCUAUUGCGUAUUUCUGUUUUACAAAAAUUAUACAUCAUGGUAAGCAUAUUUCUAUUUUAAGUAGCAUUAAGUAAUGAUAUAUGUUAGCGAUAUAAAAUACAGAAAAUAUGGUAUGAA